AUGAUUGUUGGCUAUAGGGGUGUUGUAGUAAGGCGUGUGGGAGUCAGCCGAUUGGCAAAUGUUUAUAAUACAAGGUUGUUUAGCAGCGGUGUCAAGUUAUUGGAUGAAGCUGAGCAGAAACAAGACACUAAGAAGAUCCAGGAUUUUAACCCUAGACAUCUGGGCGUCGCUUCAGAACUGUACGUGCCAGCUUCGCUGAGCCGUUUGCCCAGUGUGAUAACAAGCCCCAAACUAUGGUUUGACAACGUUAUUAGAAGGAUAUAUAUGCUCGGUUUAAACACUGUUCAGAUAGGUAUCUUUAGAUUUCAAACCGGUAUCAAACCUGCGUUUUUACUGUGGAAGAAUAAAGCCAUUGAAACGUACGUCCAGGUAAAUGCCAAUUUUGCCAGCAAAUCCGUUGAGAAAUUGAAACCCGAAGUAUCUGUCUGGGUGGAAGAAGCAUUGAAUGCGCGCUCCAAGCAAAUACCAGAUAAUGUAAAACUAGAUUGGCAACUAUUGAAGUUCAAUGAUGUGCCAAAACUGAUAUCAAUACAACCAAUGAUGAUCCCUGGAAGACCACUAGAACAUAUUCAACUGUUGUACAGGUUCAACACCAAACAAAGACUGGUAAAACUGAACAAGACUAAUAAUAAAGUGGAGAAAUUGGAUAGAGAUGUUGUUGACUACAUGGUGUUCCUUUGUGACGCCACCACAAAUGACCUUAUCUUAAUGGGAUCAGUGUUUGAAUCCAAACCCGAUGCUAAAUUACCUAAAAACUACGAUGACAACACUGAGAAAGCUGUUAGAAGAAUGAAAGAGUGUGGAGAUAUCUACAGAGUACCAUCUUCUUCAGAAAACCCACAGAUAACUAAUUAA